ACACACCCGAACACUUCUCCUACUAAAAUCCGAUAAAACGACGCCACACUUCUCGUGUCGCACCACACCUCCAAAAACCACCACAUGUCGUCUGCGGCGCCACCCACUCUCGAGCUCCGAGAAUUCAACCCCACAAGACCCCGCAUCAACCCUACUCUCGCCGAGCUUCUCCAAUGGGUCGAGCAGUCCCAAACCCCCGACCGGAAAACUACGUCGUCAAACCACAACAAUGCCCACCACGUCCUCGACAUCGGCUUUCCUUCCACCUCUUUGUCUCAGUCGACCUACCCUUUCGUCCUCUCCUUCAACAACCUCACUUACAGCGUCAAGGUCCGCCGCAAAAUGACGUUACUGCCCUCCUUCAGAAAAACAGAGGCUAAACUUGGUGGCAGCGGCGCAAGCAGCACCAAGGUUUUGCUGAACGGCGUUUCCGGCGAGGCCAGAGAAGGCCAGAUCAUGGCGGUUCUCGGAGCAAGUGGCUCAGGCAAGUCAACACUGAUAGACGCAUUGGCUGACCGGAUCGCCAAGGACAGCUUGAAAGGGACGAUCACGUUAAACGAUGAGAUUCUCAACUCGAGGAUGCUGAAGGUGAUAUCGGCUUACGUCAUGCAGGACGAUCUGUUGUUUCCGAUGCUGACGGUGGAGGAGACUCUCAUGUUCUCUGCUGAGUUCCGGCUCCCACAGUCUCUAUCAAAAUCAAAGAAGAAGUCUCGUGUGGAGGCCCUGAUUGAUCAGCUAGGCCUCCGAAACGCCGCGAAGACGGUGAUCGGUGAUGAGGGCCACCGCGGCGUCUCCGGAGGCGAGAGGAGGAGAGUUUCUAUUGGUAUUGACAUCAUUCACGACCCCAUUGUUUUGUUUCUUGACGAACCGACCUCCGGGCUUGACUCGACGAGUGCUUUCAUGGUGGUGAAGGUUUUGCAGAGAAUAGCUCAGAGUGGCAGCAUUGUGGUCAUGUCCGUACAUCAACCGAGUUACAGAAUUCUAGGGUUGUUGGACAGGUUGGUACUUCUGUCACAUGGACAGACUGUGUACAGUGGCUCGCCGGCGAAUCUUCCGGUCUUUUUCCGCGAAUUCGGGCACCCUAUACCCGAAACCGAGAACAGGACUGAGUUCGCUUUGGACCUCAUUCGAGAACUGGAAGAAACUCCAGGUGGAACCAAGAGCUUGGUAGAGUUCAACAAGAAAUGGCAAAUCACCAAGAGGCAGAAGUUCAAACAAGCAAACGGUUCGGACAACAGUGCCAGCAGUAUGCCAAAGCUCUCGCUCAAAGACGCAAUAAGUGCUAGCAUUUCAAGAGGAAAGCUAGUCUCGGGUGCUCCUAGUGACACUAACCUAGCCUCUUCAGUCCCUACCUUUGCCAACCCUAUAUGGACAGAAAUGUUGGUCAUCUCAAAACGCUCCAUCAAAAACUCUACACGAAUGCCGGAACUCUUCGGCAUCCGGUUGGGGGCGGUACUCGUCACCGGAAUCAUAUUAGCCACUAUGUUUUGGCACCUUGACGACUCCCCCAAGGGUGUCGAAGAGCGUCUCGGAUUUUUCGCCUUUGCAAUGUCCACAACCUUCUACACUUGCGCGGAAGCAAUCCCCGUUUUCCUCCAAGAACGUUACAUAUUCAUGAGAGAAACUGCCUACAAUGCCUACCGUAGGUCAUCUUAUGUCUUAGCUCACUCGUUACUCUCCAUUCCCUCCUUGCUCAUCCUCUCCUUGGCCUUCGCCGCCACCACCUUUUGGGCCGUGGGGUUGGCCGGUGGCCUUCAAGGGUUUCUCUUUUUCUUGUUGACAAUAUGCUCGGCGUUUUGGGCCGGAUCUUCGUUCGUAACAUUUUUAUCCGGCGUUGUCACCCAUGUCAUGCUGGGAUAUACGGUUGUGGUGGCCAUUCUAGCCUACUUUCUCCUCUUUAGUGGGUUCUUCAUUAGCAGAGAUCGGAUUCCGGUAUACUGGAUUUGGUUCCAUUACAUAUCUCUGGUGAAGUAUCCAUAUGAAGCUGUUUUGCAGAACGAGUUUGAUGACCAUAUGAAGUGUUUAGUGACCGGAAUUCAAAUGUUUGACAACACGCCGUUGGGUGACGUCCCUGUUGCACUGAAGUUGAAGCUGUUGGAGAACAUGAGCAACACAUUGGGGAUGAAUGUAACUGCGUCUAGUUGUGUGACCACCGGAUUAGACAUACUGAAACGGCAGGGUAUAACGGAUAUUAGCAAAUGGAAUUGCUUGUGGGUGACAAUUGCUUGGGGGUUUUUCUUUAGAGUUUUGUUUUAUUUUACUUUGUUGUUGGGGAGCAAAAAUAAAAGGAGGUAAAUGGAAUAGGGAGAAUGGUUGGCAAAUGGCAAUGUUGUUUGUUGGUCUUUUGGUAAUUCAUUGUAUACUUGUAAGUUACCACUUAUAUAUUUCAUGAAUUUAAUUUGGUUUUAAUGAUAAACACAUGGUUUAUGAAUG